GGUUACUCCUAAAAGUGUGUACUUUGAUGAGAUCGGGUUUUGGGGUGUGUUGUACUGUGGUGUGGUGGGUGGUAAUGCUGGAGAUUUGGGCUCCUUGCAUGUGAGAUUUGGGACUUAGGGUUUUGGGUCAUUGUUCUUUUCUUAUUCUGGUGGUGGUGGUGGCGGAGGAGGAGGAGGAGGAAGGGGGUUUCUCUGUGAUGGUGUGUCGGGUUGUGAGGUGUUGUUUGGAUCUGAGGUUGUUCUCGCUGUUGCUAUUGUUGGUUACAUAGUUGAGAUGGAGAGAAAGUUCUGGGCUUUAGCUUUCAUCUUGUGGUUCUUGUUGGUUCAUCCACUAUGGCUCAUUUCUGCUAACAUGGAAGGCGAUGCUUUACAUAGUCUGAGGACAAAUUUACAGGAUCCUAACAAUGUUUUGCAAAGUUGGGAUCCCACACUUGUGAAUCCUUGCACAUGGUUUCAUGUAACAUGCAACAAUGAUAACAGUGUCAUAAGAGUUGAUCUUGGAAAUGCUGGUUUGUCUGGUCAACUUGUUACACAACUUGGUCAACUCAAGAAUUUGCAGUAUUUGGAACUUUACAGCAAUAACAUUACUGGCCCUAUUCCAAGUGACCUGGGGAAUCUUACUAACUUGGUGAGCUUGGAUCUGUACCUAAAUAGUUUCACUGGCCCUAUCCCUGAUUCAUUGGGAAAGUUGUCGAAAUUGCGGUUUCUCCGGCUUAACAACAACAGCUUGACGGGCCCUAUUCCAAUGUCACUGACUAAUAUUUCAUCUCUUCAAGUUCUGGAUUUGUCUAAUAACCAUCUGUCUGGUGUGGUUCCUGAUAAUGGCUCCUUCUCAUUAUUCACUCCCAUCAGUUUUGCCAACAACUUGGGUCUAUGUGGACCAGUCACUGGACAUCCUUGUCCAGGCUCUCCUCCAUUUUCGCCUCCUCCCCCUUUUGUGCCUCCUCCCCCAAUUUCUGCCCCUGGAGGUGGUAGUGCCACUGGGGCAAUAGCCGGAGGAGUUGCUGCUGGCGCUGCUCUAUUAUUUGCUGCUCCUGCAAUUGCAUUUGCAUGGUGGCGUCGAAGAAAGCCGCAAGAAUUUUUCUUUGAUGUGCCUGCUGAGGAGGAUCCCGAGGUCCAUCUUGGGCAACUUAAGAGGUUCUCACUACGUGAACUGCAAGUUGCGACAGACAGUUUCAGCAAUAAGAACAUUCUCGGGAGAGGAGGAUUUGGUAAGGUGUACAAAGGACGUCUGGCAGAUGGUUCAUUGGUCGCUGUGAAAAGAUUGAAAGAGGAACGCACACCUGGUGGGGAGCUUCAGUUUCAAACUGAAGUAGAGAUGAUCAGCAUGGCUGUGCAUAGAAAUCUCCUACGUUUACGUGGAUUUUGUAUGACACCGACAGAAAGGCUACUUGUUUAUCCUUACAUGGCUAACGGAAGUGUUGCCUCAUGCUUAAGAG